AUGUCGGAAAAGGGACAAGAAAUCUCAUCUAAAAAGAAUCAAAUUAAAGACAUGAAACUAUUAAUUCAACAUUUAGACACUGAUUUAAAGCAUUACCUUAAUCAGCAAGAACUUUCCAAGUCUAGUCUUGCCGAUUCUCGACAAAUAGAAGAUGAGGCGAAAAGACUUUUAAAUUCUUCUCGGUCUAGAGGCCAAGUCCUUAGUAGCUUGAUAAAGCACAAAGAAAGUGAUCGUAUAAAAGGAUUAUAUGAUCGUUUGGUUGAUUCUAUUGAAGUUGGACAAACUUGUAUAGAAUACCUUAAAAGAAACGAUUUAGGUCGCGCCUAG